AUGGCUCCCACCAAGGCCUCCUUCGCUCCCGGGCCAUUCGCUCGCCACCGAGGUCUGGUUAUCUUCACCGCAUCUGCCCUCGCCGUCGGCCUGGGUAUCAGGUAUCAGGCCAACAAGCUGCGGCAGAACGACCUGCAGCAAAAGAACGCCGGCGGCCUCUACGUCAGCGUCGACCGAAGCGGAGGUGGCAUUUGA